AUGAGAAGACGUUUCACAAGUCAAAAGAACACUAACGCAAAAGCAGAGAUUACGGUUGGUUAUAACGUAAAUGAUGAUAAAUCACGAAUUAUUCAAAAUGUUAAAGUUAAUGUUAGUCCUGAAUUAACAAGGUCAGCAACUCAACCAAAUUUAUUAACUCGUGACUUACCGAAGAAUGAGGAGAAUGAAGAAAACCAUGAGAAUGGAGACCCAAUCAUUUUAUCUGAACCCGGUAAAGAACCCGUUGAAAUCCCCACUUAUCCAACAUACCCCCCACCUCUUUCAUCAAACAUCGAGAACCCAGGAAUAUACGAUUCCAGUCGCAAUGCGCCAUAUAAAAUAGACAUUAAUUCUGAAUUAAUGAAAAUUUACCGUGAUAUAAUAACUGAUAAUUAUGAUUCAAUAAUAAAUUUAAUUGAUCAAUCCGGUUUAAUUAUUUUACCUUAUGAAUCAUUAAUUCACAUUAUCGCCAUUCUUUGUGAUGUUCAAGAUUCAGACGUUAAGAUUCAAUUUUUCAUAGAUGAUGAGGUUUCAUGCUGCGGAACAGUUGCAAAAUAA